UUGGUGAACACUCCACUGCUUACCAUGUUCCUAGCCAGAGCUAUUUUAUUAGUUUUCAUCUACAAUGAAGCUGUUCGUCCAGUUGCAGCUUAUGGUGAAGUAGAUGUAACCAGGCACGGCAAGCUUGUGGACACAUAUGCUCCUCUCGAAUCUGACUUGAACAGUGCUAUAUUCUACGAGAUGAUUCAGGGGUCGCGGAGAAGGAUCAAGCAGUAUGAACCACUAGAGGAGGUCCCAACCAGAGAAACUUACGUAUGUAACGCAGAGGUCUUUAGUAGUUCAACAGCUAAACUCCAAAUAGUGAAAAUAAAGAAAGCAGACAAAAGCUUUGUUCGCCUGCAAAUCAAAUUCAACGGAUUGGCCACAGCCGUUCCUUUGGCUACAUACUGCACGUUCCAGGCAUACCAGGGACCACAACCAGAUGACGCAAUCACUCAAGACACAGUACUCUUCAUCAGAGAAGAUAGUAAUGAAAAGAAAGUAUUGGUGACGCUCAAAACGUAUUCAACAGGAAAAUGGGUACUCAGUUCCAAAGACAUUGAUUCCAAAUUUUACGCGUUAGACAUAACGUAUGAUGAAGACGGGCGUCCUGUAAUCAAAAGCAGUGACAAUCGACAGUCAUCUGAAAAAAAGUUUAAGCCAGUUGAUAAAAUGUGUGCAGAGAAGGUAGGCUGAAGCUGCAAAACCUCAACUGUAAUUCUUAAUAGGAUUUUAAUAAACAUGCUUCUGAUUUC